AUGAGCAUUCAUCUCAUCUUCACUGUCGCCGCCGUCUUCGGUAGCUAUCUUGUGAUUAGAGCGUUUCACAAAUUUCAUAGUCUUCGAACUGCUUCUAACGUUAUUCUGGUAAGUUUGUCAACAGCUGACGGUUUACUGGCAAUUCCUUUGAUUUUCGGCAUCGUCCAAAUGAGUCUUAGACUGUUAAACGGCUCUGAUGCUGAGUGUAGCUCCGGUCCUCUUGGAAAAAUAACCUUCAUAUCCAGCUUCUUUCUCAUCUCCGUUAUAAUUCUUCACCUGGCGUUGAUAAGCGUAGAACAUUUAAUCGCCGUGAAGUUCGCCUUAAGAUACCACACCAUAGUAACCAAUCCUCGAGUACUGAUCGUUGCCGUGGCGAUGUGGUUUUUUGCUGCGACCGUUACGAUAACUUUUGCAACGACACUUGUAGCAAACAGUGGAGACAUUGGACGGUUUCGCCAAGCGAUGGAUCCACACUGUAAAAACCCUGAAGAUUCUUUGGAUCACGAUCUUAAUCCGUUAAUGAAGGGGCUUCUCAUCUUUCUGGUAAUGUUUUUGCUAGUCAUCCCCUUGGUAAUCAUUUUGUGUUCAUAUGGCUACAUCUUUAUCGUCUCCUACAAACAAAGGAAAAAUAUAAGAGGACAAAACAACAUUCCAGGAAUGGCUACCGCCAUCAAGCACGAAAUGAAAGGCGCCAGUACUCUUGCUAUUGUUGUAGCCGUCUGCCUUCUCAGUAUCGUCCCACUGAUAAUCAUGACAGGCCUUCGCUUUUUCAGCGAACUUCCCGAACGUUGCGACCCAAAGAGAAAGUUAAUUAAGUUUAUUGUUUUUGACUUAGCAACAGGCUUAAACACCAUCUGUAAUCCUCUUGUCUACGGAUGGAGAAAUGAAAAAUUCAGAACCGCUUUUCGCAAACUGCUGAAGUGCUCUUAAAACGCGAAGUUGUGCGCUGUUGGAAGCUGGGAUUAAAGAGCCUGGUGUUUUAAGUGGAGAAUUUGCCACCAGAAAAAAAUUACUCGAAUAGGGUCGAACAUUUUCCAGACUUAGGAGCAAGUUCUGGCAGUAGGUAUUUUGGUAAGAAAAAUAGGAAGAAAAAAAAACUGCUGCGGCAUAUUUAAUUCCUUUUUUUAACAGUUAACACGUGCAUGAUCAGCUUUCAUUACAUCCAUACGAAAUUUAUCCAAUUUAUCCAAUUUAUCCAAAAGUGACUAAGAUGAGUCCAUAGUUUGCCACAAAAUAUACUAUAAUGGACUAGAGGUUUUAAGUUUAUCCCCGGGUCUAAAAUAAAAUGCUGUUACUCGAAAAUCCCGCUGAAAUUCAUCCCGGUUUUUAUAAACUAAACUUCAAGGUUAAGGAAGCUUUUGGGCAAUGAUAAUGAGCGUUCUAUUCAGUACAAUGUGUAAGUAAGGUUAAGACAAACUACAAAAAAUUUCCAAGAACUUAAGACUGCGAGCAGUUUUUCAAAAAGAAGUGAUGUUAUUUACAAAAGAGGUGAUGGUCGAUCUAAGUUGAUGUAGCUCUUAUCCAUAUCAGCAAAUACAGUGUGCCGAACACGUUGUUAACACAAAAUCUAAUUAUCGGAUUAUCUUGUUUUUCCUAGAAAAAAAACUUAAAUGAAAACGAAUACCAAAAACCGGUAUUGAUACACCUCGCCAGGAUACAGUAAAACAAAAAUUAUCUGCGGUAAACGAGCGACGCACAAAAUAGAUACCAGUUCUCGGCCGAGAAAAACUAUGGCAUGAGAUCGAGGUCAAAUGAGCCAGCCAGCCAGUUCAAGACUGGUUUCGUCCAACCCGUGAAAUCAUAUGGCAUCCAGAACGAUACCUACCCGAAUCCCGCGGGAAAAGAAAAACGACUUUAAUAGUAUGCGGUGUCGUACUUCCUCAAACCGGAAAUAAACACUCUCCCAGUUAAGCAGAAUGAUAUACUAAUAAAAACGUUAAGCACCUUCUGUAUGCUUCAAACAGAUCGCCGCUGAGUGGUAUUAGAGUUCUAUUUUUGCAUGUAAAAUUUCCUUAUUAAAGGAACUGCCCGUGGGUUCUGAAAUUCGAAAAAGAAAAGUGGCAAACUAAGUUUUGCAGCCAUAUUUGGGUGUUUGCCAAUUUUUCCUGUUUGGUCGCCUCUUUUCUUUACAUGAACACCUGUAGAAAUAUGGACGUUCUUUAUUGCAUCUAUUCCGCUCCAAACGUCUUUCGCUCUUUAAUAAGUUUAAUUUGUUAUAACUGUCGCCAGCAAGUAUGAAUUCAAUUUAUUUAUCCUUCUGAAUUCAUUAUUUUCCUACAUAGUGGUUUACGCGUUUCAAUUGAUUUUUAGUAACACAGCAUCACAAAGUUAGAAAUGAAAACUGACGUUUCCUAGUCGCUUGAUUAAUGGCUCAAAAACGAAGGUGUCGAGCCAGUGUGUCUACUUCCAUGAAUAAAAACAAUUUCUGUUCAGCUGACAAUGGCGCCUUCACUUUGAUCCUCUUCUCCAUUCAGUACAUAUUAGAAUUUAAGCCAAACUUAUCCACAGUCGCAUAGAAACAGGACCCAUGCAUUUCUUACGUGUGAAGCCGGUUCUGAUGUUCAUAUUAAUAAACUGACUUGAUAUUCUCUUAAAAAACAAUAAUAAUAAUAAUAAUAAUAAUAAUAAUAAUAACAUUAAUUCAAAGGAGUAUUUAGGAGAGGUUUUUAGAUCUGUUACUGAAUAAGCUCGCACUUCGUACAUGUUGUUCCUUCUAUUUUAAACUCGAUAAGACGCACUUACUAGUUUAUGACACUUUCAAAGCCUGCUGUUACAACCACUUUUUAUUAAGAGUGCCCACAGUUCUUUUGUUUUUCUUUCUAGGCCAAAUAUAAGGUUCUUUUUUAUGAAUUAUUUGACUUUGUGCUUGUUCAUUUCCCCGUUGAAAGCAGUCAGUUGUUUAAUAGAACUUAGAACACAAUGCGUGAUAAUUAGUUUUAUUUCCUUAACUCUAUACUACGCAAUUUUGACAUUUUAUUUUCUUUCUUAAUGGAUUCUCAAUGAAUUUGCCAAGAAAUUUAGAGUUUGACGUUUUAGAAGGCAGUAAUUAAGGCAGUUACCUGACAUUAACCUGCAUAUUUUAUGGACAAUCACGUUUAUUUGGAUUUUGGUUAAUAGAAAUGGUUUAAUUUUACCUUUAUUGCAGAUGCGUCGUAUUUGUUUUGACGCUAUUAAAACAAAAGGAACAUCAUCAAUAGUUGCUAUCGUUAUUUAGUAAAAUCCAACCAGUGGUCUAUUAUCAACGCUGCGUUCUGAUUGGUUGAGCUACUACUAGGCUAUAUGUUAUAGCCCACUAAUCUAGCGAAAAGCGUCGGCUUUAAAAACCAAAACAAUGGCGGCUGAAUCGCGUUUUGAUAGCUAAAGUUGUUUUGUCUCGAUAUUUUUGACCAACUAGUUGGAUUUUACUAAAACAAUUAUUCCUCUCGCCCCCAUGGCCUCUAAGUCAAUAGCCCAUUCGGCCGUCGGCCUCAUGGGCUAUUGACUCAGAGCCCAUUUGCACUGGACGAAUAAUUGUUAACUAAUAUCCUUUGAUCAUAUACAGAGUUGAGUUCACCUGGCCAUUGGUGACUAGUUUGAUUAUGAUGAGAAACGGAACAACAGUGGUAUAAGUAAGUGUUUCGAACUGUAUAUAGGAACACAGGUGGCACAAUUUUCCUCCCACAAUUUACCAAACACAGAAGAAUCCCUUCUGAACUGUACGGACAACGUAUCUUCCUCCCCCAAUGAAGAACUGUACCUUACCGAGGUGGGAAUUUAUUCUAUUGUUGAACGUUCAUGGAUUUAUCACAAUCGUUGCUUUGCUUGGGAGUUAUUUCGUGCUAAGAACGUUUCACAAAUUUCGGAACCUGCGAACUGCUUCCAACAACAUUCUGGUGAGUUUGUCUAUCGCCGACGGCUUACUAGCGAUUCCCUUGAUUCUUGAUAUCAUUCAUUUGUGCCUUAAGUGUAAUGUUGAGCCUUGUCCACAUAUGCAUAUUCUUAAAGAAGUAGACGGAACUAUCACCUUGUUCCUCCUUUCGGUCAUUGUUCUUCAUCUCAGCAUAAUGAGUUCAGAACGUUUCAUCGCCAUCAAGUUCGCCUUAAGAUACCAAGCCAUAGUGACCAAACGCCGAGCACGGAUCGUUUCCAUCGCGAUGUGGCUGUGGGCUCUGGUCGUUAAUGUGGCUGUUCCGGAGGUUCUUCAGAAGACAACAGGCAAGGAUUUCAGAGAAUUUCCCCGACAUGUGAAUACACAUGAAUGUAAUACAACACACAAUACAAACCAAGUGCACCCCACCAGAUGGCAUCUUGUAUUCAUUGCUACGUCAAUGUUUCUUGUCCCCUUCCUGAUCAUUUUAUGCUCGUACACCUACAUCUUCAUAGUGUCCUACAAACAGAGACAAUUUGUCAGAGGACAGGGCCGCGAAGUCACAGGAAUGCCCACCAUCAACCAUCACUUGAAAGGUGCCCGCACUCUCGCCAUUGUUGUAGCCCUGUGUCUACUCAGUAUCAUCGCCUUGCUGGUUGUGACAACCCUCCGAGUCUUCCGUGACAAAUCACUCGGGGGCCACGACCAUCAAAUGUUCAGACUGCACAAGAUCGUCUACGACGUGACCAUGUUGUUGAAUGCCAUAUACAACCCUCUUAUCUAUGGGUGGAAAAAUGAAGAAUUUAGAAACGCUUUUCGUAAGAUGCUGAAAUGCUGCUAA